GCGCUGGCGGCCGCCAGCGCCGUCGACGCGGCGGCGAUGGACGACGACCGCGCGUCGGCGCCCGCGUCGCUCUGCACGAUCGCCGUGCGCGUCGCCGACGAGCGCCGCGCGCUGCUCACGCUCGACCCGGCGACGACGCUCGCGGAGCUCCUGGCGCUUUUGCCCGGCGAGGGCAUCGAGGCGCCCGUCGCGACGGCGACGUCGUGGGCCGCCGGCGGGCCCGUGCCGCUCGACGGGUCGUCCUGCGGCCCGCCGAAGGCGCUGCGCGUCGCCGACGCGGCGUCGACGCUCCAGACGCUCGGCUGGUUCCCGUCGGGCGUGCUCGUCGUCGAGGCCGCCGCCGCCGCCGCCGCCGCCGCGGCCUCCGCGCCCGGCGCGGCCCCGGCCAAGGCGCCGCCGUCGUCGCUCUUCGCGGCCGUGGCGACGCGCCACGACGCCGCGCCGGCGCUCGACGCGGGGACGACGCGCGCGCGCGUGCGGACCUCCGCGGCCGACACCUCGGCGGACGCGGCGCGCGACGCCAAGGCGCGGAAGACCGACGCCGCGCGGCGCAAGGCCGCCGGCGCGCGCGACCCGAAGACGGCGGCGACGCUCUGGCGCAUGAUGGCCAAGCGCCACGCCGUCGGCCGCGACGGCCUCCGCGAGGAGGACCGGCACUACCUCGUCGUCGACCGGGGCGCCGCGUCGCCGGCGCUCUACUGCUUCUUCUCGCGCCAGGACACGCUCGGCCGCGCGACGGAGGCCGUCGCGGCGCUGCUGCGCGUCUCGCCGGCGGCGGCGGCCCUCGCGCGCGCCGCCGACGGCGCGACGUUCCGCGCGACGGACACGUUGUUCGCGCUCGACGGCGCGCUGCCGUCCUUCUCCUGCGUGUCCUUCGUGCGCGGCGGCGGCGGCGCGGCGGCCGCGCCGUCGCCGGAAGGGGCGGCGGAGGGGGUGGCGGAGGCUUCGGGGGUGGCGGAGGCCGCGGCGCCGACGGCGGCUUCGCCGUCGUCGCCGUCGCCGUCGCCGCCGCCGCCGCCCGCGGGCGCCUACGACCUCGUCGUCAAGUACGACAAGCGGGACCACACCAUCGCGCACCUGACGCCCGCGUCGACCGUCGCGGAGCUCAAGGCCGCGGCCGCCGCGGCGACGGGCAAAAUGACUGCCUUCCGCGACGGCGACGCGGAGCCCGGCCUGCUGCUCGCCAAGGCGACGCUCGCCGCGGCGAAGCGCGAGUACCGCGAGAAGGAGCUGGUGACCUUGAAACCGCGGACGAUCCGCGCGGCGGCGACGAACGGCGUGCUGACGCAAUCCGCCGUGACGCCGCUGACGCGGCUGCUCGCGGAGCCGGCCGCGCCGCGGACCUUCGCGGCCUGCGCCUACGUGCCGCCGCGGCCCGCGAGCGACGACGGCCCGAAGAUGGCGGGCGCCGCGCUCUUCGAGCGCCUGAGCCUCGACGAGGUCCGCGCGACGCUCGCCUUCUGCUCCGCCGGCGCCAUGGGCGCGACGGUCCUCGCCCACCGCGCCUUCGCGCUGCCCGUCGAGGAGACCGCGCGGCUCCUGCUCCGGCCGUACGCGUCCGCGCCGGCCCCGAAACGCUGCGUCGUCAGCGCCGCGUUCUGCGAGCCGGCCUGGCGCGCGCUCCUCGCGGCGCGGCGCUACCACGCCACCGGCGCCGGCAGCUCCCUCGGGGCCGGCGGCGCCCACAGCCUCAUCCUCCGCGCGCGCGCGGUCUCGCGCGGCGACGACGACGACGGCGACGGCGGCGAUACGGGCGGCGUCGUGUCCGCGUGCGGCCGGGGCACCUGCGGCCAGCUGGGUUUAGGGGCCGCGGCCUACGACGUGAGCGUGCCGCGGCCCAUCGUCGCGCUCCGCGACGUCGUCUCCGUGUCCGCGGGCGGGCACCAUUCCUUGGCGGUCACGGCGGACGGCGGCCUCUGGGCCUGGGGCAAGGCGAGCGACCACCAGCUGGGCCUGGGCAACCUCGAGCUCACGGUCGUCGCGACGCCGACGCGCGUCGUCUUGCGGGAGGCCGUGGCCGCGGCGGGCAACGGCGCCGGGCGGCCCGCGCGGUGCGCGCGGUGCUCCGCGGGCGGCGCGCACAGCGUCGCCGUCGACGACGCGGGCGGCGUCUGGUCCUGGGGCCGCAACGCCCACGGCCAGCUCGGCCACGGCGGCACGCGGCCGAGCCCGACGCCCAAGCGCGUGCUGCCGCUCCGCGCGCGAAAAUGCGUCGACGCGGCCGCGGGCGGCUUCCACAGCUUCGUCGUCGUCGACGACGGGAGCCUGUACGCCUUCGGUUUAGGAGCCGACGGGCGGCUCGGCCUCGGCCACUGCCUCAACGCGUCGCUGCCGGAGAAGGUGCCCCUGGACGCGUUCUGCCGCGCCGCGGCGGCGGGCGCGGCGCACGGCGCGGCCGUGGACGACGCCGGCGCGCUCUACACCUGGGGCGACGGGUCCAAGGGGGCGCUGGGCCACCGGGGCCCCAAGCCCAAGUCGACCAAGGCGGGCAAGAAGGAGGGCGGCCUGUCGUCGAUGCCGUCGUGGGAGUCCGCGCGCGCGCUCGGCGAGGUCCUCGCGCACUCGUCGGGCGCGGCGCCGGACAGCGAGCACGCGCCCCGCCGCGUCGCGGCGCUCGCCGACGUGCGCGUCGUCGCCGUCUGCGCGUCGGAGCGCGAGACCGCGUGCCUCGACGCCGACGGGGUGGUCUACGUCCUCGGGCCGCCGGGCGCGCUCUCGUCGUCGGGCGAGCCCGCGGCGACGUCGCCCAAGGCCCGGAGCUCCCUCGCGGGCAUCGGCCGCCCGCGGUCCGGGUCCGGCGCGGCGUCGCCGACGGCGACCGCGGGCAUCGGCCGCGCGCGGUCGUCGUCGACGUCCGGCGCGCCGAGCGCGGCCGGCCCGCGGCCCAAGAGCGCCGUCGUGACCCACACGUUCCACGCGCCCGUCGCCGAGCUCGCGACGUCCGCGCUCCACACGCUCGUCAAGACCUUCGACGACACGUACUUCGCCUGGGGCGACGGCGACGGCGGCCUCUGCCUCGGCGUCGGCGACUCCAAGGGCCGGAGCAAGCCGGCGAUGAUGGUGUGGUGAAGACCUGUGGGAUGCGCGUCCGCCCUAGCUAAAUUCAGG